UAUAUGAUUGGCCUAUAUGUCUGUCAUCGUCAGCACUAUGGGUAAACCCUAAUAAAAUGGCAAUAAAAUUGGCGUUCAAUUUACCAAUCUUUGGAUCUUUUGCCCACGCCUAUCAAUCACCGUGCAAACUACUGCGCUUCCUGUGCAAUAUGGUCAAAUCAAAUGACACUCCCAGCACAAACACCUCCAUUUAAAUAAAGGGAAAUAAUAAUUAUUGAGCAUAGGUGACAUUUCAUCCUAAGCGACUUCCAAAAAUAAAAGGGGGUGUGGCCAUUGAUCUUUUGGCUGAUAACAGCCAUGUCCCCUUUUUCCAAGGACAUGGUGCUUGUGUGUGCCAUGGCUUUCCCUCUUAGUACCCACUUGGCUACAUAAAUGCAAUGACAUUGUAUUGUUACAAGGAGAUUAGCAGUAAAAACAGGCUAGACUUUUACUGCUAGUGCCAUUGCAUUCCUUAUACAAGUGGCAGGCAGAGUCAAAAGUCAGUAGAUAACCAUGAAACUUAUGACACGUUGCUGUGGCUGCAGCUGCAUGUCAUUACUUACAUUAAGACCUGUGUCCGGGAGGUAAACAAAUAUUAUACUAUGCCUUGGCCACGAGCAGAUAUGGAGAAGGUUUUCGGGAAGCAAAGGUGCCCCAAACAAGAUAUCCUUUGAGAGCUUUGCCAAGUCUAUGAUCUGGUGGCAGAAGGCACCCGUCAACUACAAACUAGAGUGUCAGUUCAGUGAGAGUACAUUCACCAGCAUCACCACAUGGAUGUUUUCUUUUCAGUAAUGUUCUCUUGGAUGAGUGAUGUAGAUGGUAUAACUCCACAUGUUCUCUCAAGAAUUUUAAAGCAUGUUCUUCCAAGUUAUUCGGAGAACGAAUUGCAAAUCAUUGCAGACAAAAUGAUAAAAGCAAUCAGUCCCUCAGCAGAUCCUCCAGUGGUGAAGCAGGAGGAGUUUCGGCAAUGGAUGGACUUGUUGCCUGAAGAGGCACUGACAGAUGCACUUAGGUUCAGGAUACUACACAUUGAUGCUGACACAAGAUCAUGAUUUAUUAUACAAAAUGU